AUUUUAAAUUUCUUGAACUCUUUCUUCCUUUCUCUGCACGCUGUUUCGCUGACUCACUGACACAUUCAAGUAGAGCACAUACAUGAACCAUUUCAUUGCAUUGGAAAAGAGACAGAUAUAAGGAGAGGCGCAUCUACUGGCCCGGCCCAGAAGACCAAGGCUCGAAUGUGUAGCAGAUCGAAUCUCGAGGAUUUGGCUGCUCUCCUACUCCAACAGCAUUAACGUGACCAAGUGAUUCUCUCUAUCUCCUUUUCAUCCGCGGUAUCGAUAAACUGAAUGGUUGUGUGUUCCGCCAAAAUGCAUUUUUCGUAAAUUUUAUAAGAACUUAAUGGCUGCCAGCUGAGAUCAUCGGCACAGGAGUUAGUACUAGAAGCCCAAUUGGUAUUAAAUACACAGCGCGGGAAAUCAAACGAUAUUCGGAGAGUUAAUGGCAAGAGAGAGCCGAUCAAAAUUGUUACUCCAAUGCCACGCUAUAAAUAGAAUGGAAAGCACCCACACAGCAACGCCACCGUGUGUGUGUGGCGAGAGCGAUAGCCAAAGAGAAGAUUCUCUCUCGCAUAACACGCUCCCCAAACAGGUUUUGAGCAAGAGAAAGAGAGAGACGACUACAAUUCGAUUUCGACACACUUUUUUCCUGCUCCCGCAACAGUUUUUUGCGCCACUCCACACGAUCCGGAGCUGUUUUGGUGUUUGGUGCCUGUUUGUGUGCCUAAAAACCUGCAGCAGAUUUGUGGAAACCGAAAUCCAAAGGUCCCGGGCCAGCAACCAAGUGCACAAUUAUUGAUGUCAACAGACAGCAGCGGGAGAGUCGCAGCCUGUAAAAAGAGAGAGAGAGGAAGAGCGAGCGAGAUUACACUCACUGCGCAAAAGAAACAACGUAUCUGUAUGUGUGAGCAGUAUAUAUAGAAAUGUACUCUGACUUAUAGCCCAGUAAACUGCCAAGAGGGAUAUAUCUAACCAGAAUCGUAUGACCGAAAUAAAAAAUGUUAAACCUCGCGCUUAUUGUUGGGGUGGCAGCAAUUGCAGAAGAAAUACAGAAGGAACAGUAUAGAAACGACGAUGACGGCAAACAGUUUGAAGACGGCGGUGGGCAACUGCGCAUAAGAAACGUUUUGACUCUGGAGGAGCGAGUGGCGGUCAUUCGACAGUACGACAUCUUGCCUAUGUACAGCAAGAUAGCCAAGAACUUCAACUGCAGCUGGGAGCAGAUCAAAAGCAUCGUGUCCAAUCGGGAGGCUAUCAUGGAGUUCUACGAGGCCUCGCGCCGCCAUAACGAUCUGCCAAACGAGGAGUUGCGCAGGCGCAAGCUCAACUUCCUGGGCCACUGCCUGUACGAGUACAUACAAAGAGCCCAGUACUAUCUGCAUGCCGACAUUAACGAGGAGCUGAUCCGCAACCAGGCCGUGGAGUUUCGGGAUCUCAUGCAGAUCGAAGGCUUCAGGCCGAACAAACCGUGGAUCAAUCACUUUAAGGCUGCCUACAAUAUCACGCUUUCGAAUCGACAAAUCACUAUGACGCGUAAGCCACCGCGCUCCUUGGACCUCAGCGAUAUCAUGUCCUACUGCGGCCGGCACACGUCCAUGUGCAGACAUAUGGUCAAUAGUACAGAAGUACCAGCCCCAGCAGCUUCUCCAACUACGAGCAAUGAAGCACAUUUGGCUUCAGCACGCUCCCUGUACCGCACCAAGACCCUUGUGGCCGCCUCUAGUCAGAACCAGGCCACCCUGGUGGAGGUUCAGCAACGUCGCAAGCGAAAGAUUAACUUUCUGGAGAAGGCUCUGUACGAGUACAUCGAACGCUCACAGAUUCAUCAAAAAGGACGGCUCGAUCUGGACAACCUGCGGACUGUGGCCAUUAGUCUGCGCGACAUACUGAAGAUUGAGAAUUUCUUUCCCGACAAGAUGUGGUUCAACCACUUCAAAAGCCACUACAACUUUAGCUUCUCCCAAGGCGUCACCCUGACCCAACGGAGAGUGCCCUUAUCCCUGGACCUGCGUGACAUCGUCAGCUACUGCGGCCGGAACGAGCAUCGCUUUGCGGCGCAGGAGCGGUCUAUUGUCCGUCUUCCGUUGUUGGAUCCAAAGCCAAGUCCGGAUGCAGACAAAGCGAAGGCAAAUGAAAGUGGUGAUGCUGAUGAGCAGUCUAUUAUCCAUCUGCCGAAGUUGGUUCCAAAGACGGAUACGGACAAAGCGACAGCAAAUGAAAGUUGUGAUGUCGAUGAGGAUGAAGAUGAAGAUGAUGACUGCAUCGCCAUUGAGGUGCAACCCGAACUGAUAGAAAUCAACGACGAUGAAGAUGAACCCGAGAAAGCCACGCCCCCAGCAAAACAAAAGAGGUUACACUCUUUGGACGAGGUUGCUCCACUGAAGAUACAGAAAAUUGAGUCCAUCCACAGCUCUACAGGUGCUGAACUAGAUGCUGCUCCUGGUCCAGGCCACUACUCUGAGACAAGCAACGAGGCAGAGGCACGACUGCCUUGUGUGGAGAACUAUCAGGAUGCAUUACGUCUACUGAAGCCCCUGGAGGACUUUGCUCUCAUGGAGGAGAACUAUCGUGCCAUUGGCCUGCUUACCCAGCUGGAGCAGAUCUUUAAGGCCAAAACCUGAUCAGGCAAUAGUUAGAAGUUCAGGAAUCAGUGGAAAGAAAUUAAAAAAAAAAAACACCUGGCUAAAAAUGUACCAAAUAUACCUGAAGCUGAAUAUACGAAUGUACAUAUGCUUAUCGUAGAAUCGAGGCGGAGUCGAAAACUUAGUUCCAUUGAGACAUCUCAUUGAAAAAAUACUGUAAUCCACUUUAAAAAAUUACUUUUAAAGUUGUAAAAACUAUAAAAUGAAUACUAAUUGAUUAACAGUUUUUGUAAAUUAAACGAGCGGGAACGAUA